GGUGCCGCUUCCUGUCCCUCUCGCCGCGCCGCCUCACGCUCCCUGUCCCGGACGCGGCUCGCGCGGGACCCGCUCCCCGGCGACAGCCCCCCUCCCCGGUGCCAUGCAGUCCCGGCUUCUGCUCCUCGGGGCGCCAGGCGGCCACGGCGGCCCGGCGGCGCGGCGCGUGCGGCUGCUCCUGCGACAGGUGGUGCGGGGCAGGCCCGGCGGCGACGGGAGGUGGUCGGAGGUCAGACUGCUGCAUGCCGGGGCGGGGGCCGACACAGGCGAUACAGUUAAUAUUGGAGAUGUAUCCUACAAGUUGAAAACUCCUAAGAGCCCAGAACUUGUGCCACAGAACUACAUUUCAGACUCUGUGGCUCAAUCUGUAAUUCAGCAUCUAAGAUGGAUAAUGCAGAAGGAUCUUCUGGGGCAAGAUGUCUUUCUAAUAGGACCUCCUGGGCCUCUUCGACGCUCUAUUGCUAUGCAGUACCUGGAGCUGACCAAAAGGGAAGUUGAAUACAUUGCCCUGUCAAGGGACACCACUGAAACCGAUCUCAAACAGCGUCGAGAGAUCCGAGGAGGCACAGCUUUUUACGUUGAUCAGUGUGCGGUCCGUGCAGCCACAGAAGGCAGAACCCUCAUUUUGGAAGGCUUGGAAAAGGUGGAGAGGAAUGUUCUGCCCGUUUUGAACAACUUGCUGGAAAACAGGGAAAUGCAGCUUGAGGAUGGACGCUUCCUAAUGUCUUCAGAGCGUUAUGACAAACUUCUCCAAGCUCAUACCAGAACAGAGUUGGAUGCUUGGAAGAUUGUUAGGGUUAGUGAAAACUUCCGAGUCAUUGCGUUGGGCUUGCCAGUGCCUAAGUACUCUGGGAAUCCAUUAGACCCCCCUCUCCGUUCUCGAUUUCAGGCCAGAGAUAUUUAUUAUCUACCCUUUAAGGACCAACUUAAACUGUUAUAUUCAGCUGGAGCCAGUGUUCCUGCUGAGAAAAUUUCUCAGCUCCUGUCCUUUGCCACCACUCUCUGUUCCCAAGAAUCUUCUACUCUUGGACUUCCAGAUUUUCCUUUAGAUAGUUUACCAGCUGCAGUUCAAAUCCUGGAUUCCUUUCCUAUGAUGUCAAUCAAACAUGCAAUCCAGUGGCUUUACCCAUACACUAUUUUACUAGGACACGAAGGGAAGAUGGCUGUGGAAGGUGUUUUAAAACGCUUUGAACUCCAAGAUUCAGAAAGCUCUGUGCUUCCUAAAGAGGUGGUGAGAGUGGAGAGGCUUGCGGAGAGCACUGCCCCACAAGCUAACGUGACUAUCCGGAUAGCAGAAAAAGAGGUGACCAUUCAGGUGCCAUCUGGGACCAGGCCAAUAAAUCAACCUUGUGCAUCAGACCAUUUUAUACAAACUUUAAGCCAUAAACAACUACUGGCUGAGAUGAUGCAGUCUCACAUGGUUAAGGACAUAUGUUUAAUUGGAGGAAAAGGUUGUGGAAAAACAGUCAUUGUUAAGAACUUUGCAGAUAACUUAGGAUACAACAUAGAACCCAUCAUGCUCUAUCAGGAUAUGACUGCACGUGACCUGCUACAACAGAGAUACACUCUUCCCAACGGAGACACUGCGUGGCGGUCCUCACCCCUUGUGAACGCUGCUCUGGAAGGAAAGCUCGUCCUCUUGGAUGGCAUCCACCGCGUCAAUGUGGGCACGCUUGCUGUAUUGCAAAGGUUGAUCCACGACCGGGAGCUAAGCCUCUACGACGGCUCUAGGCUGCUGAAAGAAGACAGGUAUAUACGCUUAAAGGAAGAGUUGCAACUGUCUGAUGAGCAGCUACAGCAGAGAUCCAUUUUUCCUGUCCACCCCUCCUUCAGAAUCAUCGCCUUGGCAGAGCCCCCUGUUAUCGGAAGCACAACACAGCAGUGGCUGGGACCAGAAUUCUUAACCAUGUUCUUUUUCCAUUAUAUGAAACCACUUGUCAAAAGUGAAGAAAUUCAAGUGAUUAAGGAAAUGUUUUAUCCUGGUGGUGGAAUUAUAAAUGAAGAGUGGCUUGGUUUUAACUACCUGAUUGUUAAAGAGAAAGCCGAGGCAGAAAUGUUUCCUGAGAAAAUGAAUAAGCAAAUUUAUCAAGGAGUUCAACAUGUUACCUAUCACCAGGUCCCAAAUAUACCUCAGGAAGCUUUGGACAGAUUGUUAUCAUUUACACACCAACUCAGAGAGACACAGGAUCCCACGGCACAGUCACUGGCCGCAUCACUUUCUACCAGACAGCUGUUGCGGAUUUCUCGUCGGCUGUCACAGUACCCUAAUGAAAAUCUUCACAGUGCAGUUAUGAAAGCCUGCCUUUCCAGGUUCUUACCAAACCUUGCAAGGUCAGCAUUAGAAAAAAACCUGGCAGAUGCUGCAAUAGAAGUAAGUACUGAUAAUCAUCAGGAACCAAAACUGGAGGAUUACAAAUGUGAAACAGCAUCUGGAUCCCUGAGGAUUGGGGCUGUUAGUGCACUGAUCUAUAAUGCCCAUGAGAAAAUGAAAGUGCCUGAUGUUCUGUUCUAUGACAACAUUCAGCACAUGAUAGUGAUGGAAGACAUGCUGAAGGACUUUCUUCUCGGAGAACACCUAUUAUUGGUUGGUAACCAGGGUGUAGGAAAAAACAAGGUUGUUGACAGAUUCCUUCACCUGCUCAACAGACCCCGAGAAUACAUCCAGCUGCACAGGGACACCACAGUACAAACCCUUACUCUUCAGCCUUCUGUUCAAGAUGGACUAAUUGUGUAUGAAGACUCACCUUUGGUUAAAGCAGUAAAGUUGGGUCAUGUUCUGGUGGUAGAUGAGGCAGACAAAGCCCCAACAAAUGUCACCUGUAUUUUAAAAACUCUAGUAGAAAAUGGAGAAAUGAUUCUAGCAGAUGGAAGACGCAUUGUUGCAAAUUCUGCUAAUGUUAAUGGAAGAGAAAACGUUAUUGUGAUUCAUCCUGAUUUUAGAAUGAUUGUCUUGGCCAACAGACCUGGAUUUCCUUUCUUAGGCAAUGAUUUCUUCGGUACUUUAGGUGAUAUUUUUAGCUGCCAUGCAGUUGAUAAUCCCAAACCCCAUUCAGAGCUCGAAAUGCUCAGGCAAUAUGGACCAAAUGUGCCUGAACCCAUCCUUCAGAAGCUUGUGGCUGCCUUUGGAGAGCUGAGGAGUUUAGCUGACCAGGGGAUUAUUAACUAUCCUUAUUCUACCAGAGAAGUUGUCAACAUAGUGAAACAUUUACAGAGAUUUCCCACUGAAGGUCUCUCCAGUGUGGUUAGGAAUGUGUUUGACUUCGAUUCCUACAACAACGACAUGAGGGAGAUUUUGAUUAACACUUUGCACAAGUACGGGAUACCUAUCGGAACAAAACCAACCAGUGUACAGCUGGCGAAGGAGUUGCCUCUGCCAGAGCCGACGUUCAUGGGCUACUGGACGAUUGGUCAGUCAAGAAAUGGAAUACAAAAACUGUUGUGUCCAGCAGAAACUCAUCAUAUAGACGUAAAGGGUCCAGCCCUUAUAAACAUACAGGAGUAUCCAAUAGAAAGAUAUGAAGAAAGAUCCCAAACCUUUACUGAAGAAUGUGCCUCCUGGAAGUUACCAUUGGAUGAAAUUAACUUAAUCUGUGACAUUGCUACAUCACACGAAAAUGAGGAAAAUACCCUCUAUGUAGUUGCAUGCAAUCCCAUCACCUUAUACUUUAUGAACAUGACUGGGAAAAGUGGCUACUUGGCGGACUUUUCUGACGUCUUCCCAAGAAUGGCCAGUAGAGUUUGGCACCCAUUUGUGACAGUGGCAUCACUGGGAAAUCCCCUCAAGGGUCAAGUGAUUCUCCAUGAGCAGCAGAGUAAUGUCAUCCUAUUGUUAGAUACCACUGGCCAAGCCCUUCGACGUCUCAUCCUCCCUUCAGAAGAGGGUCCAUCUAAGAAACCUUCCUGGUGGAACAAGGAGGAAACAGAAACUUAUAAAAUGUGUAAAGAAUUUUCGCACAAAAACUGGCUAGUAUUCUACAAAGAAAAUGGGAACAGCCUGACUGUGCUGGAUGUUCUAGAAGGGCGAACUCACACCAUCUCACUUCCCAUCAACCUCAAGACAGUUUUUCUUGUAGCAGAGGACAAGUGGCUUCUGGUGGAGGACAAAACAAACCAGAGAUAUCUUUUAAGUAAGCCUGCACACAUUGCAUCUGAGGAUAGUGGGGUUUGCCAGUUGUACAUGUUGAAAGAGGAGCCCCCUAGCACAGGAUUUGGAGUUACACAAGAAGCAGAUCUCAGCAUACCUCAUACAAUUUCAAGUGAUCAACUAUCAUCUGAAAAUCUAAGUUCAGCUGUCGGACAAAAGAUUGCCUCUCCUAACCGAAUUCUCUCAGAUGAGAAUAGUUAUGCUACAGUUGUUAUUGGCUUCCCAGAUCUCGUGUCACCCAGUGAAGUCUAUUCUUGGAGAAGGCCAUCAUCCUUGCAUAAACCAAGUGUCACUGACAGAACAUUCUAUGGAGGAAAGAAGAAAAGUGAAACUCCAAAACAGAGCAAUUGUGUGACUCUUUUAGAUACUAAUCAGAUAGUCAGGAUUCUGCCCCCGGGAGAAGUCCCUCUAAAAGAUGUCUACCCAAAAGAUGUGACCCCUCCGCAAACAGCUGGUUAUAUAGAAAUCACUGAUCUUCAAUCCAAGAAACUCCGAUAUAUCCCUAUUCCCAGAUCAGAAUCUCUCUCGCCAUAUACCACAUGGCUAUCUACUAUUUCAGACACAGAUGCUCUGCUAGCUGAGUGGGGCAAAGGUGGUGUUGUUACUGUUGAUAUGGGAGGUCGCAUCAGACUCUGGGAAACUGGACUUGAACAUCUGCAGCGAUCACUCACGGAAUGGAGAAACAUGAUUGGACAAGAAGGUGACCGACAUAUGCAGAUUACAAUCAACAGAGACAGCGGUGAAGACGUGAGCUCCCCCAAACACGGAAAGGAGGACCCAAACAACAUGCCCCAUGUGGGCGGCAAUACGUGGGCUGGCGGAACAGGAGGAAGAGACACCGCAGGUCUGGGUGGCAAAGGAGGUCCAUACCGGCUGGACGCAGGCCAUACCGUGUACCAGGUGUCGGAGGCUGAGAAGGACGCGGUUCCCGAGGAGGUGAAGAGAGCUGCCAGAGAGAUGGGCCAGAAGGCCUUUCAGCAACGGUUAAAAGAGAUCCAAAUGAGUGAGUAUGAUGCCGCCACGUAUGAAAGGUUCUCAGGUGCUGUUCGACGGCAGGUGCACUCACUCCGAGUCAUCCUGGAUAAUUUACAGGCUAAAGGUAAAGAAAGACAGUGGCUAAGACACCAAGCCACAGGGGAGCUAGAUGAUGCCAAGAUCAUUGAUGGGCUGACUGGAGAAAAAGCCAUCUACAAACGCCGGGGUGAUCUGGAGCCACAACUGGGCAGCCCCCAACAGAAACCCAAGCGCCUGCGCCUGGUGGUCGAUGUAUCUGGCAGCAUGUACCGCUUUAACGGGGUCGACGGCCGGCUGGAGCGCUCGAUGGAGGCCGUGUGUAUGGUCAUGGAAGCCUUCGAGAACUAUGAGGAGAAGUUCAAGUAUGACAUCGUUGGACACUCUGGAGAUGGCUACAGCAUUGGUCUAGUUCCACUUAACAAAAUCCCCAAGGACAAUAAGCAAAGACUAGAAAUUCUGAAGACAAUGCAUGCCCAUGCUCAGUUCUGCAUGAGUGGGGACCACACGUUAGAGGGGACGGAACACGCCAUCAAGGAGAUUGUCAAAGAAGAAGCUGACGAGUACUUUGUCAUCGUCUUAAGUGAUGCAAACCUGUCACGAUAUGGAAUACAUCCUGCCAAGUUUGCCCAAAUCCUGACAAGUAACCCUCAAGUAAAUGCUUUUGCCAUUUUCAUUGGAUCUUUAGGUGAUCAAGCAACCAGGCUUCAGAGAACUUUACCAGCUGGCCGGUCCUUCGUUGCCAUGGAUACCAAGGACAUCCCCCAGAUUUUACAACAGAUCUUCACCUCCACCAUGCUGUCCACUGUAUAGGACGGGCCCUUCUUCACCCUGCUGACCCUGGGACGUGAAAUAAGAUAGGCAUAAAGAGUCCCCCAAAGAAAAGACGACAUCUAUAAAGUGAACCUGCGCAGUGACUGAAGGAUUCUGGCAUUCCUGGCGCUUCCUGGGCUCACUCAGGGAUCAGAAUUCAGGAAAGCAGCCGGAGGGAGCUUGCACGUGGAAAUCUACCACCAGUGAUGGGUUCGCAGGGAAGCGAGCUGACCUGCGUUUUAUGAAAGGUCAGGGGUCAAGGAAGGCGGUUUGAGAACUAUGGUGCUUGGUUUGUAUCCAGAAACCUGAGGAAGAAAGAAUUCCUUGCUUUUGCCUUAACGCAACGUCUGGUCACCUGAGGUAACAGAAGUGAUUCUGAUGCCAUGUUCUGUCAUUGAGAUACAAGCCCGUGUAAGCUCACCCAACCUGCUCCUGCCCAGUAAUUAUUUUUAUUUUCUCCUCCACCCUUGAUCGCCUGGCAAACAAUGAUUUUUAUAGUAUUUAACCCACUACAAAGCCUCCUAACAGCAGUAUUUUAUAAAAGGUUAGAUUUUUUUUCAAUAAUUCCAUUUUCUUGGCCAAAGCCAAAAGGAAUCAGAAGAUCCCUGCAUCGCUUCCUUUCCCAUUUGACUUUUUAAAAGACUCUUUAAAUAAUGAGGAGCAAACGUCCUAUUUCCAUGCUGCCAACGUGGAAGGAUAAAGGCUGUCUUGCCUUGAACUUCCUGUGUCGUCUUGUUCCUCCAGUACUUCUCACAAGUUUCACAUAUUUCGGUGUCCGAAGUGUAAUGCUUGAAAUAACAAACACUUAUGGUUUUACUUAAAGCAAAGUAAAAACAAGGCAGUAUGUUUGAAUUGAAUGGGAACUGGAGAUUUCUUUAGCUGUUAAAAAAAAAAAACACAACUCUUUUUUUCAAGAUGCAUUCUUUUUUCUUUCAAAGUGCACCUUAUUCCCACCUACCCUUAGGCUGACCUUUAUUUAUCAACAGGUCCGGUGUCACUUUGUUUAAAAUCAAAUGCCACAGCCAGAGUCAGGCUGCGUUCAACCACGUAAGAAGCUCCUCUCCACCAGUGAUGCAAAGUCAAAAUUGCGGGGAGCACCAGUGGAUGUGUACUUUCUUGUCACGAGUUGGAGGAAUUAGUCUUGUUAAUAAUAUUACCUUACUUGCCCAUAGAGCCUGAAAUUGUACUGAUUCAUUUCAUUUUAAUCCAUUAUAGGAAAGAAAACAGCCAUUUGUUCCUCCACCCCAACUCCCUAUCAACUGUCAAAGAAAUAAAGCAAUCCGAUUCCCAG